AUGGAUGGGGAUAAACUGAAAUGUUCAUGUAAUCAUCAAAAGUGUCAGAAUCGUAAUUAUGCUAAUGAGAAUACAAUUCGAUUACAUUUGGUGAAGCAUGGAUUCGUGCCAUAUUAUUAUAAAUGGAUUCUACAUGGGGAACGCUGCACAAGUAAUAUUGAUAGUCAAAACAUAAAUGUUAUGAUAGCGGAGUCUGUUCAAGAGGUUGAUAAUAACACAAGCAAUACAUAUGAGCAAAUGGUAAUGGAUGUAGCAGAUCCUGAUUUCUUUCAGGAUGUAAUGGAGGAGCCUCCAAAUCCAUCAGCUCAAAAAUUGUAUGACAUAUUACAAGCUGCUAAUCAAGAGGUGUGGCCAGGUUGUGAAACUCAUUCGCAGCUCUUAGUUGUUGCAAGGAUGUUGAACAUCAAGGCAGAACAUCAUUUGUCAGAAAGGUGUUUUGAUGACAUCUGCCAACUUAUGAAAGAGGUGUUACCGGAUGAAAAUUUAAUGACUAAAAACUUUUACAGUACGAAGAAGUUGGUCCAAGCAUUGGGCCUACCGGUUGAGAAGAUUUAUUGUUGUGCUAAUGGAUAUGCAACUGCAUGGAAGCAUUUUAAUAAAACACAUCCUUCAUUUGUUGUUGAGGUUCGGAAUGUAAGACUAGGACUGUGCACCGAUGGGUUUCAACCAUUCGGUCAGUCUGGACAACAAUAUUCAUCUUGGCCAGUCAUUGUCACUCCUUACAAUUUGCCUCCUUGGUUAUGUAUGAAGGAUGAGUAUAUGUUCCUAACGGUAAUAGUUCCUGGUCCGAGAAACCCAAAAGACAAAUUGGAUGUGUACUUACAGCCCCUUAUUGCAGAGUUGAAACAGUUGUGGGAAGUUAGAUUUAAGACAUAUGAUGCAUCAAAGAAGAAUAAUUUUAAUAUAAGGGUUGCGUUAUUAUGGACAAUAAGUGAUUUCCCUGCAUAUUCAUUGUUGUCCGAUUGGAGCACAGCCAGCGAGACUGCUUGUCCAUAUUGUAGGAAUGAUUCAGAUGCAUUCACAUUAACAAAGGGUGGUAAACAAUCAUGGUUUAACAAUCACCGUAAAUUCUUACUAGCUAACCAUCCUUUCAGACGGAACAAAAUUGCUUUUAGAAAGAACAAGACAGUCAUAAAAAGUGCUCCCCCCAUUCUAUCUAGUGAGGAAAUUUUAGAACAAAUAGAACAUCUAGGAUUAAUGUAUGUCACAGAUAUGGGUGCAGAUGAGAAUAACAGUCGCAAAGCAAAAAACAUGGGUUGGAAGAAACGAAGCAUUUUUUGGGAUUUGCCAUAUUGGAGUACUAACAUGUUUUGCCACAACCUGGAUGUCAUGCAUAUAGAGAAAAAUGUAUUUGAAAAUAUUUUUAAUACUGUGAUGAAUGUUGAAGGGAAGACGAAGGACAAUGCAAAAUCAAGGGAAGAUUUGAAAGAGUUUUGUCACCGACCUAAGUUAGAGAGGGAUAUGGCAAUAAGAAAGUAUCCUAAAGCACAAACAAUCAAAAGCAGUGUUGUGUGA